AUACCUGCUUGAACAAGACUUUCCAGGCAUGCGGAUUGGUCCAGAGCCUACUACGGAUUCUUUUAUUGCUGUGAUGUAUGGAGAUUCAGAAGGAAGUAUUCCUGGAAAUGCCCUAGUUGUUGAUCCUAAGAAACCAUUCCGUAAACUCAGCCGCUUUGGAAAUGCUUUCCUGAACAGGUUCAUGUGUUCUCAGUUACCUAACCAGGUAUUGAAGAGCAUCAGUAUCAUCGACAGCCCUGGCAUUCUCUCUGGAGAGAAGCAGCGCAUCAGCAGAGGCUAUGACUUCUGCCAAGUUCUCCAGUGGUUUGCCGAGAGGGUCGACCGCAUCAUCCUCCUUUUUGAUGCCCAUAAGCUGGAUAUAUCUGAUGAGUUUUCAGAGGCUAUUAAAUCAUUCCGGGGACAGGAUGACAAGAUUCGAGUGGUGCUUAAUAAGGCUGACCAAGUGGACACACAGCAGUUGAUGAGGGUCUACGGUGCACUCAUGUGGUCCCUGGGAAAGGUGAUCAACACUCCAGAGGUGCUGCGGGUCUACAUUGGCUCCUUCUGGGCCCACCCUCUCCGAAACACAGAGAAUCGAAGACUCUUUGAAGCUGAGGCACAGGAUCUUUUCAAGGAUAUCCAGAGUCUCCCACAGAAGGCCGCUGUGCGGAAGCUCAAUGAUCUCAUUAAGAGGGCGAGACUUGCAAAGGUUCAUGCUUAUAUAAUCAGCUAUCUGAAAAAAGAAAUGCCCUCUGUAUUUGGAAAAGAGAACAAGAAGAAGGAACUGAUCAGCAGAUUACCAGAGAUCUACAUCCAGCUGCAAAGGGAAUACCAUAUCUCAGCAGGAGACUUCCCUGAAGUCAAGAAAAUGCAGGAGCUGUUGGAGACUUGUGACUUCACUAAAUUUCACUCUUUGAAACCAAAGCUAAUUGAAGCUGUGGAUAACAUGCUGGCCAACAAAAUUGCCUCCCUGAUGAGCCUGAUCAGACAGGAAGAGAGCAAUAUGCCCACAGAGAUGGUACAUGGUGGAGCAUUUGAUGGCACCAUGGCAGGACCUUUUGGCCACGGAUAUGGAGAAGGUGCUAAGGAAGGAGCCGAUGAAGACGAAUGGGUUGUUGCCAAAGAUAAACCUGCUUAUGAUGAGAUUUUCUAUACUCUGUCACCAAUCAAUGGCAAAAUAUCUGGGAUCAGUGCAAAGAAGGAGAUGGUGACUUCUAAACUACCCAACAGCGUCUUGGGGAAGAUCUGGAAACUUGCAGACUGUGAUGGUGAUGGGAUGUUGGAUGAUGAGGAAUUUGCGUUAGCAAAGCAUCUUAUCAAGAUUAAACUGGAUGGGUAUGAGCUGCCUGGCACACUACCUUCUCACCUGGUGCCACCAUCUCACCGGAAACCUUUGCAGACAGUAGAGUGA